AUGAAGAGUAUUCACAGGCUUGUUUUAAUUGCCCUAAUAGGGAUCUUUUUCAUUACCGAUCUUGGUGAUGUCCACGGUCAACAAGGAUUCAUCAGCUUAGAUUGCGGAAUGCCCCAUAACGAGUCUAGUUAUACUGAAGAGUCCACGGGUUUAACUUUUUCAUCCGACGCUGAUUUCAUUCGCAGCGGAAAAAGUGGUAGAACCAAAAAUGAUGAGCCUGUUUUUGGCACGGCAUCCAUAAAGCCUCAUAAGUACCUUAGGUUUUUUCCUGAAGGAACACGAAACUGCUAUAAUCUGACUGUCAUGCAGAGCACACAUUAUCUUAUCAGAGCUGUGUUCGUAUAUGAAAAUUAUGAUGACCUUAGACAAAGACCAAGAUUUGAUCUUUAUAUCGGCCCUAACUUCUGGAUAACUGUAAAUUUUCAAAAUAUCUUUAGUAGUAUGAGUUCCUCAGAGGAGAUAAUUCACGUGCCAAAGUCAAACUCUUUGGAUAUUUGUCUGGCUAAGACAGGAACAACGACGCCAUUCAUAUCAAGCUUGGAACUACGUCCCCUGAGAGAUGACACCUAUACUACUACAACCGGCUCCCUAAAGCUAUUACAGCGCUUGUAUUUCAGCAAUACCGAAUCCAUCGUACGGUACCCUCAUGAUGUCCAUGAUCGUAUCUGGGACUCAAGCUUUUGGGAGGAUUAUAUGACAGAAAUAAACACCACCACCCCUGUAGAUACUAAGAAUGCCUUCGAUGUUCCUCAAGCUAUAAUUUCAAAGUCUUCAAUACCCAAAGGUGCUGAUAAGCCGUGGAGCAGAGACUGGGUAAUGCUAAACCCCGACGACGUUCAAGUGUACCUUCAUUUUGCCGAGAUCCAAGUUUUGAAGCCCAGUGAUACCAGAGAGUUUGAUAUUUUGUGGAAUGGCGCUACAAUUAGUUACGACUACAGUCCUCCGAAGUUCAUAGCUGACACUGUGGCUAUCAGAACCUCAACUAAAUGCGUUGAUUCUUAUAACGUAGGGCUUGUAAGAUCUAGGUCGUCAAGUCUUCCACCAUCUAUUAGUGCCAUGGAAGUUUUCGGGGUACUCCAGCUUCCUCAGUCGGAAACAGAUGAAAACGACGUUAUUGCAUUCAAGAACAUUCAAGCGACUUAUAGAUUACAGAAAACGAGCUGGCAAGGAGAUCCAUGCGUACCUAGAUAUUACAUGUGGACUGAUCUUAACUGCAGCAGCGCGGUUCCGUCUGUUCCACCAAGAAUCAUUUCCAUAGACUUCUCUUCUUAUGGAUUAAAUGGGACCAUAGCAAAUGACAUACAAUAUCUUAGCCAACUCCAGAAAUUGGAUCUGUCAAAUAACCAUUUGACCGGAAGAAUCCCGGAAUUUCUCGGCAAAAUGAAGUCGUUGACAAUCAUAAACUUGAGUGGAAACAAUUUUAGCGGCUCAAUCCCUCAAACCCUUCGUAACAUGCAAAAGAAUGAUCGAAGUACGGAAAACAAAAACCUCUGUUUCGAUUCAUCUUGUGAAGAAACUGAAGCUGGUGAUGGAAAUGGCAAAAAGAAAUUGCUAGUACCCAUUCUUGCAACAGCCGCUUCUGUUGGUUUAAUUACAGCUGUGCUUCUUCUCAUUAUUCUCUUCUACAGAACUAAGAGAUCGUCAAAAGAUCCACGUUCAUCAAUUGUGGCGAACAAGAGAAGCUUUACGUAUGAAGAGGUCACGGUCAUGACAAAUAACUUUGAGAAAACUCUUGGCGAAGGAGGGUUUGGAGUUGUGUACCACGGUAACUUAAACGGUAACGAACAAGUAGCUGUUAAAGUGCUCUCUCAGUCCUCAGCUCAAGGCUAUAAGCAAUUUAAGGCUGAGGUAGACCUUCUUCUGAGAGUACAUCACAUAAAUUUGGUAAGCCUUGUUGGUUAUUGUGACGAAGGACAACACUUGGUCCUCAUCUAUGAGUACAUGUCCAACGGAAACUUAAAACAACAUCUAUCCGGAGAAUAUGCUACUACUCCUUUGAGUUGGGCAAAUAGGCUAAGAAUUGCUGCAGAGACAGCACAAGGAUUAGAGUACUUACACAUCGGAUGCAAACCACCAAUGAUUCAUAGAGAUAUCAAAUCUACGAAUAUACUUCUUGAUAAGAAUUUUCAAGCUAAACUUGGCGAUUUUGGACUUUCAAGAUCUUUUCCAGUGGGUAGUGAAACUCAUGUGUCAACAAAUGUUGCUGGAUCGCCAGGUUAUCUUGACCCUGAAUAUUACAGAACAAACUGGCUGACAGAGAAGAGCGAUGUCUUCAGCUUCGGAGUCGUAUUACUGGAAAUCAUUACUAGCCAGCCCGUGAUUGACCAUACACGUGAAAAGUCUCACAUAGGAGAAUGGGUUGGAUUUAGAUUAACUAACGGAGAUAUCAAAAACAUUGUGGAUCCAAGUCUCAUUGGGGAUUAUGACUCUAGUUCAGUGUGGAAGGCUCUUGAGCUAGCAAUCUCAUGCGUUAGUCCAUCCUCGUCUGGAAGACCAAACAUGUCACAGGUUGCUAAUGAACUACAAGAGUGUCUCUUAUCUGAAAACUCAAGGAAAGAAGGUAAACAUGAUGUGGACUCCAAAAGUUCUAUUGAACUGAGCACAAGCUUUGGGACUAAACACACUCCUGAUGCACGCUAAUUAAUGCCAAGAGUCCCCCACAAUGUGUGUUUGAAUAACAAAAAAACUUCUUCCAUCCUAAUGGAAAACAAUUUCUUUUGAUUUUCUUUUUAUGUUCCGUGUAUCAUAUUUGGUUUAAUCGAUCAAAUGCAUUGACAAA